UUCUUCAGCACAACUCCACAAAGGAACAAGGCCCUUCCUUCCUGCAUCAGAUGGUGCAAAGGUCUCUCCAUUAUACCCUCAAUUUCUUUGUUUUGUUUUGCAAUUUAUUUGCCAAUAAUAGAUACUGCCUCCAUAGCCUUUGACUCGAUAUCCUCUGAAGAUUGCCAUUGAAACUCCAACCUCAGUACCCAAAACCCACAAUAGCAAUGGCAGCUUUGGUUGCAAUGCCUAGGAUGAGAAUGAAAAUUACAGUUUUCCCGAAUGUUUUUCCUCCAUUUUUGUGCCAAUCCUACAGACCGAAGAAAGUCUCAGUCUUCCAUAGAAGGAGGUCUUUUUCAGUCUCUGCGUCUUCAACAAAGGAGACCCGAGACCAAGUACGCGUUCGUUUUGCUCCUUCUCCCACUGGAAAUCUCCAUGUUGGUGGAGCUAGAACUGCGCUAUUUAAUUAUCUCUUUGCCAGGUCCAAUGGAGGGAAAUUUGUUUUGAGAAUUGAAGACACUGAUUUGGAGAGGUCUACUAAAGAAUCUGAGGAGGCUGUGUUAAAUGACCUCUCUUGGCUUGGUCUUGAUUGGGAUGAAGGACCCGGUGUUGAUGGAGAUUAUGGUCCGUACCGGCAAUCAGAAAGAAAUUCUUUGUACAAGCAAUACGCUGAGAAGCUUUUAGAGUCUGGUUAUGUCUACCGCUGCUUUUGCUCUAGUGAGGAACUAGAGAAAAUGAAGGAGAUUGCGAAACUAAAACAACUGCCUCCAGUAUACACAGGAAAAUGGGCCAAUGCAACAGACAAAGAAGUACAAGAAGAGCUUCAAAGAGGAACUCCUUACACAUAUCGGUUUUGUGUGCCAAAGGAAGGAAGUUUGAAAAUCAAUGAUCUUAUUCGAGGCGAGGUCAGUUGGAACUUGGACACUCUUGGAGAUUUUGUAAUUAUGAGAAGCAAUGGUCAACCAGUGUACAAUUUUUGCGUGACAGUUGAUGAUGCUACCAUGGCUAUCUCACAUGUUAUUAGAGCAGAGGAGCAUUUACCAAAUACUCUAAGGCAAGCAUUAAUAUAUAAGGCUCUAGGAUUCCCAAUGCCUCACUUUGCACAUGUUUCCUUAAUUCUUGCACCGGACCGGAGUAAGCUGUCAAAGAGGCAUGGCGCAACUUCAGUGGGCCAGUACAGGGAGAUGGGCUAUCUACCCCAGGCAAUGGUGAACUACUUGGCACUGUUAGGUUGGGGUGAUGGCACUGAAAAUGAAUUUUUCACCCUGGACCACCUAGUUGAGAAAUUUUCAAUUGGUCGUGUCAACAAAAGUGGUGCCAUUUUUGACUCUACCAAGCUAAGGUGGAUGAAUGGUCAACAUUUGAGAGCACUUCCAUCAGAGGAGUUGACAAAGCUUAUUGGUGAGCGAUGGAAAGGUACUGGCAUCCUUACAGAGUCAGAGGGUUCAUUUGUUGAAGACGCAGUUCAGUUGCUCAAGGAUGGGAUUGAUUUGACACCAGAUUCAGAUAAAGCACUCUCAAACUUGUUAUCGUACCCUUUACUUGAAACUUUAUCCAGUCUUGAAGCCAAACCAGUCUUAGAGGACAAACUUUCUGAGUUUGCAGCCAGCUUCAUAGCUGCUUAUGACAGUGGUGAACUACUUGCUGCACUCGAAGAAGGCCAUGCUGGUUGGCAGAAAUGGGUGAAGAGCUUUGGCAAAUCACUGAAGCGCAAGGGGAAAUCACUGUUCAUGCCUCUCCGAGUGCUGUUAACAGGAAAGCUUCAUGGCCCAGAUAUAGGGGCUAGCGUGCUUUUACUGCAUAAUGGUGGAAAAUCUGGUAUUAUUGCUCCUCAAGCUGAGUUUGUGACAUUGGAUGAAAGGUUCAGAGUAUUGAGAAAAGUUGACUGGGAAGCAUUAACCAAGAAACAGUCUCUGCUGGAGACUGCCGCCACUGUAUCAACUUGAGAGUAGACAGUUUUCAGUUUUUUUUUCUUUUUUUUUAGCUUGCACAUGAAGUUAUUAAUCACAAUCGUAUUUUUGGGAGAAAAAGAAAUUUCCACUAA